AUGACGGAAUACGAUGAUCGCAGCUGUGCGUCAAAUAUGUAUUUACCGAGCUGCACUUAUUACGUUUCGACGCCCGACUUUACAUCAGUCUCCUCCUUUUUACCGCAGACCACUUCGUGUCAGGUUAAUUUCCCCUAUUCUCCCAACAUAGCCCAAGUCCAACCUGUUCGAGAAGUCGCUUUUAGGGAUUAUGGACUGGACCAUCCCAGCAAAUGGCACUACAGGAGCAAUUACGCGUCGUACUACUCAACGGACGAGAUAAUGCACCGGGACUUGCUCCAGUCCUCCAGCAGCAGGUCGGACGUGAUAUUCAAAAACGAGUCCUUGUACGGCCACCACGGGGGGACAAGCUCGCCGUGCAAUUUCUUCACCGGCGUCGGCCGAAAUGGGGUCCUUCCCCAGGGCUUCGACCAGUUUCUGGACACUCCUAACGCGGACAAGCCCAGCGCGGAGCCCCCCAAACAAAAGGCAGACUCUGCUCUGCCCGGAGAUGCUGCGAAUACCAACCAGGCUUUGACCAAGCUGGAGCAGCACAAAGCUGACCCGUGCGGGAGCGUCGACGAGGACUCAUCCUCCAACUGCGGCGACAAGAGCAGCCAACAGAGUAAAUCGUCAAAUGUUCACGUUUUCUGUUCCUUCGCAGGUUCAUCGACCAAGUCCAGGAAGAAGAGGUGCCCUUACACCAAAUACCAGAUCCGAGAACUUGAACGAGAGUUUUUCUUCAACGUGUACAUUAACAAAGAGAAGCGGCUGCAGCUCUCCAGGAUGUUAAACCUGUCCGAUCGGCAGGUGAAGAUCUGGUUUCAGAACAGGAGAAUGAAAGAGAAAAAGCUGAACCGCGACCGCCUACAAUAUUUCACCGGGAAUCCUUUAUUCUGA